CUCAAGAAGAAGAAGAAGAAGAAGAAGAAGAAGAAGAAGAGGAAGGAGGAAACCUCAAACAGUUGGCGCCAUUUCCGGAGAGUCCAAGCUAGGUUUCGUGUAAGUAGCUCGUUGUUAUUGUUGUUGUUAAGUUUGUUUUAUUGUCCUCCUAAUCUGUAUCCCUGUUAAACCAAGAUGGCGAGGUCAACUGUUUAACGGCAAAACCUCUGCUUCGGAUCACAUGGUUUGUCAAUGGAAGUUAAGGAUGUUAAAAAAUUUAAGUGUUUGAACUUACGUUAACUCUCAUCAAAUCAUUAAGAUUUUAAAAAUAACAAUUACAGCGAUCUAACCCUGCUUUUUCAAUAAACCUUGUCAAUACAUUUACCUUGAACUUUACCCCAACUUAACUAAACGCCUAUGUUCUGUUGAUUGGUAACAGUGAAAUUAAAUGACGUGUUAAUGCAGGGGAGACUGGGGUAAGUUGACUCAAGGGGUAAGUUGAGUCACCCCCCUGUUGCUUGGAAACGGUACAAGAAAUUGAUCAUGUGACCAAAUAUAUAGGAGAUGGGCAUCAAUUCAUGGAGUCUGUGAAGAUUAGAUGCACAUGGGUGAAGGGGUCAGACAUUUAUUUCCAAAAAUUACAUUGUUCACUUUUUUACUAAAAUUUCAUUUUUCACGGAAUUUAGUCUGUCAUAAGUUUGAUUAGAAUUAUGCUCAGACCAAAAUAGAUUAUUUUAAAUUUGUUUUAUCAUCAAUUGUGGUAUCUAUGAGCUACAACAUGAGGUCAAAAACCUAGUAUAAAAGUCCACCAUUUUAGCUUAGAAGACUUACAAAGUCAUAAGAGUAGUUCAGGGGGUAAGUAGAGCCAUGUGGCCAGGGGUAAGUUAAGCCAGCGGCUCAACAGAAAAAGUAAAGGAGUCUGAUGCGAGGAUCAGAGUUUCAGUUCAGAUCAUAGACUGUAUAUAGAAUGGACAGAGUCUGCCUCCUCGCUGGGUGAAGCCACUCCGAGAACAGCACCCUCUGAUGGUGGGCUGCAGUACAGGUCAUAAAUCCCGCCUCCGCCAGCAAAGCUUAUGGGACUGUGGACAAACUUUAGAAAAUUAUUACACAGAACAUAAUUUUUUCUCCCCCCUGGUUGUGAUGUUGACAUGUAGUUAUUGUAAGACUGGUUUGUGCCCAAGUCCUUUUUUUUCUGUACAGCUCCGUUUUUAAAAGUUAUUAGGGGUUCAUGUUUUCUUUGAUUGACACCUGGUACAGCCUAUGGGCGUUCAGGAAUUGCGUAGCUCACCCGGGGGGAUACGCUGUUUGAGCCGAGCGUCAUCACAGGGACUCUCAGCGACUGCGCAGCCGAAUGUGCGCAUCGUACUGCGCAGCUCUGGUUUCGAGGAAGUGGAGAAAAACCCGGAAUGACCGAGAGCUUUUUGGCUUCAAAUCCGUGUACAGGCGGAAGGCGGAACCAAGUUGUCCAUCUUAUAUACAGUCUAUGGGUGGCACCAUCCUGACCAUGCACCAUGACGUACAUGUAUUUUGUAAAUUCAACUGACUCACUUUCUUUUACAGGCAACAUACUUUAAGUUAAGAGUUCCAAAAAGAAUGUGACCAUUAUCAUGUCAAAGCAUUCAUUAAUUAAAACUAUAUACAUACACAAAUCAGCUGGCAACUUUAAAUUGAAGGUACACUUCAUCCACACAUCUCACAACCAGACACAGAACAUUUCAGCCUCCUCUUUUUCAUUCUGUAGAACCUCCUCAUGCACUCCUUGCAGUCCAAGGCCUCCUGGUCUGGUCCAUCCAUGGCCACCUUACAACAGACAUCCAAGUGCCUCUCCUUCGGUCUGUUCCACAGAGGUGUCUUCACCUUAAACAAAAAAAUUAAUUAUGCAUUAAGUUUUUUUGUAUUUAUUCUGAUACAGACAUGAAGAGUGAUAGUGUUUUCAAUCAUAUAUUACAAUUUAUAGUGCAGAGAAGAGCCUCUCAGUCUCCACAUCUGCAGUCUGGACAGGGGCUGUGAGGGCGAUAGCAGCUGCAAGGCUGAGGGUGGGAUACAGCUCAGCGGAUUCUGCAGAUACAAGCCACAGAAGAACCUCCUCCAGGGAUUUGGUCUGAAUAAAAGCAGUGAAAACAAAGAUGAAUGAAAUUAUUCAGUAAAACCAGACUGUUGUGGUGGUGAUACAGUUAAUGUAACUUAAUAUAGUACCUUCAGAUCAGGACUCCCCACUCUCAGUCUGUAUGAGCUCCACUCAGACAGCAGGUUGCUUUUUAAAGUAGUGGCUGAUUUUGCCUGCCAUAUCUGCAACGCUAACAAUCAAAAACGUUACUCUGACACAGAGGAAACUUUUUUUUUAAAUAAUCACUACAUGCUUGGAUGCAAAAAAGACAAGCAGUAUUUACCUGUUUGUACCAUCCGCCAGGGAAAAUCAGGACGCCUAGAGCACCAACUAGCAGGAAAAAACUAGAAAAAACACGAUUCGAUCUGUUUCUUCUUUGGUAGAUGCUUCAGGUCUUUCCGGUGCACUGCUGCAGAUAUAGCACCUCUAUAGCGGCGCAACGCUACAACUGCAGUUAAAAUAAGUAGCUGCCGCAGAGGGACAUCAAUCGCUCAAUCAAGCUGGAGCUUUACGCUGUGUGGAGCGAUAUCAAACGCUCUGGCUGGGGGCGGCACAAAAUUAGGUGGAGGCAGCUGCCACGCAAUUUUGAACCCAGGAAAAACCCUGUCAUGUUAAGAUGACUUUUUACAAAACAGCUUUUUUGCAGUUAUAUGCUAUAAUAAUAAAAAUAAUUAUUGUACUAGUUGAAUAGUGUGUAAUAGAUAAAAAUACACAUGAAUGUGAAGAAGUGACUGUAGGGAUACGGCUCAACUCACCCCGCUCCUAUGGUCAACUUACCCCAUACACAGGUUUUUUUUCUUGGCAUGCUAUAUUAUCAAGACAGUUCUAUUUACACUCAUUAUAUUGGUUUGCAGGGAUGUGCAACAUCUUGAAAUAUAUGCAGAUACACUAGUUAGAGACAAAACUAUGACUGCCUUGAUGUAGUGAUCCGAAAUAUGAAAAAGGGCUCGUCUUACCCCGCUCUGCACCUACAACAAUUUUUUUUAAAUCUCGUCGUUCUCAUCUGUUCAUCUUCAUGUGUAAUUGUGAUUGUGGGGUAUGGCCGUGUUAUAAUCAUAGACUGUAUCAAUGCUUGUAAUUCAGUCAUCACUUGCUAAAAUGAGGCUUUAUGAACACGUGUGUCCUGUGUUACUGUGUUGCUGCAGAGUCAUUGCACAAGACAUGAACGACAGUCAUCGCAGGUUUCUUCAGACCAUGAUGUACAACGCCAUAGUUGAUGAAAAAGGCGCACGGAGCCUCUAUCGACAUUGUUGUGAAAUUCACAACAGUAAGUCUUAUCUUAUUUAAAAGGAUUGGUUAAGAUAUUCUCCAAUGUGUCAGUAACAUUUUAACUUAACAAGACUCUUUGCUUCUUUUGCCUCUUUUAAGACGAUCUCCCAGCUCCCAAAGUAUUUGACCAUGUUACUACUUUCUCAGGAAAAUUGGGGGAAAUUGCAAAUAUGAGAGUUUUACAUUCAUUGUUGAUAGUCACACACUUGUCCUGUGUUUUCCUUUUUCAUAGCACAGCACACUCCCGGCCAUCUGGAUAAAUUUAUUGAUACCAUCAACUCACAGCUGCAGCCCCUGUUCAUGCAGAUCAGAAAAGGGACUUCUGAAGACACUGGUGACCAGUUCUACGCCUUGGUUAGUGGUUGUACUCAGGGCAUGCAAUGUUAGGCCUGUGUUUUUUUGUUUGUGAGUGUUUUAAGGAUUUUAGUCUUCAAAUGGAGGUAGCUUUUAUUUACCUACACAAAGACCUUUUUUCUCAAGGAAAAUAAAAUGAUUAAACACAUAUUUUUACGGUGUGUGCAAGAAGAAAAAAAAAUGUGGUCAUCAUCAAUCUGUAAUUGUUGUCCAUUUUAAUCAGAUCUAAUCAUAGCUUUAAAGAGGACAUGAAACACACCACAUUGGCAGCCUCAGGUGGUAAAAACAUCAAUAAGGAGAGAGUCUGAAAUAUUUUUUUGUGUAAAAAAAAAAUCAGCUGUUUACUAGGAAAACCGCUGUCAAGAGUGUAUACGACAUGCGCACAGCGCCAUCUUGAGUUUAAGACAGUUGUGACGUCAGCGGUUGUGCAGGAACAGAGCGGUGAAAUUGUGAUUGGUGUACGUGAAAAUAUAAAACGUCCUAAACUCUGUCCACCACUCAUCCGAGCAGAGACAUAACUGAAUAAACCUUCAGGAAAAAUGUCUUACCUUCACUCUGGAGUCUUAAACUGUCCCAUUAUCAGUCAUCCAGCUCCAACAGUUUAAUAAUCCACCGAUAUUAUUCACAUCCCAUUUCUCGCGGUCAGCGCUUUUCAUCCAUUCACAUUGUGUGGAAAAAAAAGUUUCAGCUAGCUUUAACUUCAGGUGUCCUGAUAGAGACCGACUGGAGGAGUAUCUCUGGACCUGGUACCGAGUCCAGACCACAGGUCCAGACAGGCAGUGACUGACUCAUUGCAUCGGAACCGAGACGCGGUCCAUGUCCCGGUGGAAGAGGACCAGGAAAUAAACGACUGAGCCGAACGACCAGAGACAGCGCUAAAAACUUUUUUCCGAGAAUGGAUGAGACGCCGACCGCGAGGUGGUAAACGGGAUUCAAAGAGGAUGUAAACAGGAAUAACACUGGUUGGAGCUGGAUGACUGAUAAUGCUGACUAGUUUAGACACCGGAGUGAAGGUAAGACACUUUUUCCUCCGUUAUUUUAUAUCAGAUCUCCGUUAAACAGUGGAGACUCUGGUGAUGAAGUUUAUUACACUUAACACCGAUGUUUAUAUCUGAUAGCUGCUGCCGCUGCGUGCAUGUGUGAGCUGCGAAGAAUCACCGGCUGUUUCAGCAGCAAAUGAUGAAAAUGCAAUGUUUUUUUUUAAUUUCCGUUGUAAAACUGAUUGGAGCAGCCCAAAAUACCCCUCCUAUGGUGAGUUUACUUGUCUUUGGCUCUCGAUUCGCCAUUUCAGCCAUCCUAAUCUACUCUCAUUCAAUCAAUCUCAAUUCAGUCAAUACGCGGGCUACACAACCCAUUACGUCACGCGAAGUGGCACUGCUUUACGGUUCCCCGCAGUGUCGCUAAAGUGGAACUUCUGUGACAGUUUUCUACAAAUGUAUUACAUUUUGAGAGUCAUGAAUACAGUGAUUUGUGAAGUCGAGAGGCAUUCUUAAAAAAAAUGAUAACUUGGGUCAGUGUUUCAUGUCCUCUUUAAAAGUAGUAUCUAAAUGGCAAGUGACAGGUUUGUGUCAUAAGAUAUUAGACACGCAAUGAUGAAUUAAUAGUUGAACCUGUGAUGUGAAUUGAAGAUCUGUUAAAAAUACAUUACGCUCUGAAGUAGAAUUAUUUAUUAAGAUUCACUUUAUACCUGUCCAGGUAAACAUGGCCGUGACUGAUGUCACCAGGAUGUCUUCAGGUUAUGCUGACAAUGAACUGGAGCUGUUUGUUAAAACGGUGAGUCUGUGUCACAUAAGGAAACAGGGCUCAAGCAGAAAUGCCUGCUUGUAACAUCACUAUGAUGCCCUGGUUAAGAUAAGAUAUUCCUUUAUUUGUCCCACAGGGGGAAAUUCCAAAUUUACAGCAGUGAUAAAUAAAAAAAAAAGAAAUUAAAGGAUGAAGAAACUUAGAAGUUAAAAAAGAUUUACAGUCAUGGAAAAAAAUAUUAGACCAACCUUGUUUUCUUCAAUUUCUUGUUCAUUUAGAUGCCUGGUACAACUAAAAGUGCAUUUUUUGGACAAAUAAUAGCAACAAAAAUAGCUCUUAAGAGUUUAAUUUAAGAGCUGAUAUCGAGCCAUUUCCUAUGGUUUUCUUGAUAAUAAUCAGAAUCACUUGAGUUCUUAAUCAAUAGCUGUGGCAUCGUUCUGCCAAAAACAAAGCUUUUAGGCAUUCCAUGUGUUCUCGUCUGUCUGUUGGUCACAUGAUACACACGAGUUUGUACUUGAUUGGAUAACCAUUGUUUUUGAUGACUGCAGCCAUGUGUCUUGGCAUGCUCCCCACCAGCUUCUGGUUCUGCUGUCACAGCAGCCCAUUCCUGUUGCAAAAUUUUUACCAAAUCGGCUUUGUUUGGUUUGGUUCUCCAUUUUGAGUUCAAUGAUUUUCCACAGGUUUUCAACUGGUUUUAGAUCUGGUGAUUGAGCAGGCCAAGGCAUGGUUCGAAUGCUUUGGUUCUUCAUGCUGGCUUUAACUAACCUUGCUGUGUGGCAAGAGGCAUUGUCUUGUUGGAAAAUCCAGUCAUUCGAACAAGGAAAGAGUUUAUCAGCUGAUUGAAGAAGACUGUUUUCAAGAAUAGCCCUGUACAUGGCCUGGUUCAUUUGCCUUUCACACAACUGCAUUUGCCCUGUUCCACCCAUACUGAAACAACCCCACAUCAUCAAUGAUCCACCCCCCGUACUUUACUGCAGGGGCAAGACAGGCUGGUUUGUAGGCUUCUCUAGUCCUCCUGCUAACCAGUAAGUUGGCUGGAGUGGGCAUCAACUCAAUAUUGGAUUCAUCACUGAAGAGAACCUUAGCCCAAUCAUCAACAGUCCAAUCCUUGGGAUCCCUAGCAAAGAGUAACCGAGACUUCCUCUGCCUUUUGUUGAUGAAAUGCUUCUUCAGUGCCACAUUUCAGAGUCACAUUUCUUGACAGCGCCCAGCCCACUCCUUUUUAAGGUCCCUGGAGGUCUGACGACGGUUCCUAACACAGGAAUGGAUGGUCCUCUGUUUGAUUCGUUACAGUUGAACAAUUGGAGAUAUUUAUAAGUAUGACUAUAUACACACAGAAUAUGCAUUCGUGUGUACAGACUAUACAUGUGCACAGCAUAUACCGUGAUAUAUAUGGUUACGUCCUGUUGUACUGUUUGUUAAAUUGAUCAGCAACAUUGAAGAACAUGCCUUGAGGAGAGACAAACCUUAACUCCUCUAAUAGAAGUUAGAAUGAAAUACACUGAAGGCAACAAAAACCUAUGAAUCAGCUUCUUAUGAACUGUUGUUUUAGACAGGUUGGUCAUGACUGACUCAGUGUUCUAAUUUAGAUGGACUUGAUCGUCGGCUCUGAGAAUGGCACAGCAUCCUCUACUGACAUUUUAAACAGUGCUGACACCCUGACCACUAAAAAGCUGAAAAAGAGUGAGACACAACAUCUCCUGAGCAGACUGGUGCAGGACAAAUGGUUAAAUGAGGUAAGAGAGAAUUUUUGAAAUGGGUGUAAACUUAUCGACACAGCUAAUUUUAGAGGGGAAUUGACACUGUUUGAUGAGGGUGUUUCAGCUUUCCUUUAGUGUGGAAUCAGUCAUCUGGUUGAACUGCGAGCAGUAACACAAAGGAGAACAAGUCCCCAGAUCUCCAAUAGCUCCUUCAAAACCAUUAAUGCCUAUUUAUUAUCAUCAUUAUUAUUAUUUUAUGUAGGUUAUUUCUUUCAAUACAUUUAAAAUCUCACAUUACUAGUUUUACUUACAAAGGAUCUUUUCAGUUUGUUUUUUAACCUCUUGGCUUUGAUGAUUUAUUUAAGUGAAUAAUUGAUUUCUGUUUACUGAUGUAGAAAGGAGGUGAAUACACUUUGUCAACCAGAUGCAUAAUAGAGAUGGAGCCCUACAUCAGCACAAUGUAUCAGGACCAGGUCAAAGUUUGCCAAAUCUGUCACAGCAUCGCUAUUCAGGUGAAUGUUUCCUUUCACUACCAUGAAUAAAGCAAACCAACUGUAGUAAGUUGUGCUGUUGAAAUGCCUUCACUCAUUAAUAAUGCAUGUCUUUUCAAAACUUUUGUCACAGCAGUGCAAUUCUACAGACACAACUAUUGACAAGAAAAUCAUCUUUAGUCAGCCAUUCUAGAUGUGUUAUUACUGGGUCCUAACCCUAAAAUUCCUUCAAUAUAGAACUUGAAUUAAAUAUCUGAACUGUUAUGACUUAUUUAGGGAUAAGCUGCAGUAAUGAUGAGUUUCAUCUUAUUAACAAAUAUCUGUUUUUUCCAGGGCCAAAUUUGUGAGAAUCCCAUGUGUGGAAUAAAAAUACACAACCCAUGUGUGGCCAGAUACUUCAAAGGAAGACCAGAGCCGCAAUGUCCAGCCUGUAAUGACUUUUGGCCACAUGAAAUCCCUGGUAUUUAAUUUUUAUGUACCUAUUUUUCUAAACCUUCAAAUGUAUCAGACCUUAAAGUUUCAGCUUUUUAAAGUGACAAAUGAAAUUAUGUUAUGUAAUUCACAUAUUCUUUAUUUUGUGUUGUCUUUACAGAAAUCUAGGUCCAAACGAUGAAAAAUCCAGCUGCAAAAGUUCUUUUGAGUGUAAAUAUGUUUACUGUGUUGAGCAAAACUCUGUCUUUGGGCAGACUGUUGAUAUAAAUUAUUCGUGAAAUCACAUUUUUUUUUCACCCAAACAAAAAAGACUGUCAGAAAUAAAAUUCUCAUUUUGUCCUCAAUAAACCUGCAGGAUUGUUUCCUUUUGUCAAAUGCACUUGUUCUUUCUAAAAUCAAAAGAGAUUAAAUAAAUGUAACACUUCAGCAUGUUUAAGCCACAUUAAUUUUCCACAGUCAUCCUUACAUCAAAUAAAAGAAAAUCUAAAAAACAGA